AGGCCAGAUGAGGAGGUGGUGGUCGACCAGGGAGGGACCAGCUCAGUACUGAACAUCCACUAUGAGAAGGAGGAACUAGAAGGCCACAGGACUCUGUUCGUGGGGGUUCGGAUGCCCAGACAGAGCCAUCGUCACCACAAGGCCCACGGCUCCCGCCACCGCAAGAGGGACAGGAGGUCAGGAAGCACCGCAACGCAGCAAAGCGAGGGAACCGAGACGACCAGCUCCAGUCACGACACGCCGUCCCAGCUCCAGUUCAUCCUGGGCUCAGAGGAGGAUGCUGAACAUGUGGCCCACGAGUUGUUCACCGAGCUGGAUGAGAUCUGUGUGAAGGAUGGCAAGGAUGCUGAGUGGAAGGAAACAAGCCAGGUGGUGAAGUUUGAGGGCGUGGAGGAUGGAGGCGAGAGGUGGAGCAAACCUUACGUUGCUACGCUUUCCCUCCACAGUCUGUUUGAGCUCCGCAGUUGUAUCAUCAACGGCAGUGUGUUGCUUGACAUGCAUGCUGACUGCAUCGAAGAGAUUGCAGACAUGGUGCUUGGGACCACCAGGAGGCGUCACAUGGAGUUGGAUGACAGUGUGAGAGUUCGGGUCCGCGAGGCCCUGCUGAAGAGACACCACCCAAACGAGAAGAAGAAGAACCUGAUUCCAAUUGUACGCUCCAUCACAGAAGGAGCACGCAAACAGUCAGAGCCCCAUCUGACAGGAUCAGCCACAUCUCCACAGCCUCCUCCACCUAGUGAACCAGCUAAGAACGGUGCUGGGCAGGAGAGUACCCAGGUGGACCUCAGUAAGGUGGACAUGCAUUUCAUGAAAAAGAUCCCAGAGGGGGCGGAGGCUUCCAAUGUGCUAGUGGGAGAGCUGGACUUCCUGGAGAGGCCUAUUGUGGCCUUUGUCCGCCUUUCUCCUGCUGUACUGCUCACCGGACUGACUGAGGUCCCCAUACCCACCAGGUUCCUCUUCAUUCUUCUGGGCCCAGAUGGAAAGGCUCAGCUACAUGAAAUUGGGCGCUCCAUGGCAACCAUCAUGACCGAUGAGAUCUUCCAUGACGUAGCAUACAAGGCAAAAGACAGAAGUGACCUGCUAGCGGGGAUAGAUGAGUUCCUGGACCAGGUGACCGUCCUGCCACCAGGAGAGUGGGACCCGUCCAUCCGCAUCGAGCCCCCAAAGAAUGUCCCAUCUCAGGAGAAGAGGAAAAAUGCCAGAGUCCCUAAUGGCACAGUCUGCCAGGUCAUGGAAGAGCUACAUGCUGAACAUCAUGGGCCAGAGCUGCAGAGAACUGGAAGGUUGUUUGGUGGUCUGACACUGGACAUCAAGAGAAAAGCUCCAUUCUAUCUGAGUGACUUUAAGGACGGUCUGAGCCUCCAGUGUGUGGCCUCCUUCCUCUUCCUCUACUGUGCCUGCAUGUCUCCUGUCAUCACCUUUGGAGGGUUGCUGGGGGAGGCGACAGAAGGACGCAUUAGUGCCAUAGAGUCCUUACUUGGUGCGUCUAUGACUGGAGUCGCCUACUCUCUGUUUGCUGGUCAGCCUCUCACCAUUCUGGGCAGUACAGGUCCUGUUCGUUUUGAGAAAAUCCUCUUUAAAUUCUGCAAGGACUACGACCUGUCCUAUCUUUCUCUACGAACAUGCAUAGGCCUGUGGACAGCCCUGCUGUGCUUGGUGUUGGUUGCCACGGAUGCCAGUUCUCUAGUAUGUUACAUCACGUUCACAGAGGAGGCAUUCGCUGCCCUCAUCUGCCUCAUCUUCAUCUAUGAAGCCUUGGAGAAAUUGUUCCACCUGGGAGAACUCUACCCCUUCAAUGCACAUAGUGAUCUAGACAAGCUCACACUGGCAUACUGUAGGUGCGCAGAGCCUGAUAGUCCCAGUAAUAAAACCUUAGAACUGUGGAGUGAGAGGAACAUCACAGCCUCUGCUAUACCCUGGGCCAACUUGACUGUCAAGGAGUGUAUUGGUCUGCAGGGCCACUUUGUUGGGACAGCAUGUGGCCACCACGGCCCCUACACCCCAGAUGUCCUCUUCUGGUCUACCAUCUUGUUCUUCUCAACGUUCUUCAUGUCUGCAUUCCUCAAACAAUUCAAGACUAGUCGUUAUUUUCCCACCAAGGUGCGGUCUAUGAUCAGUGACUUUGCUGUGUUCCUCACCAUUGUCUUUAUGGUCCUGCUUGACUUUGCUAUUGGAGUGCCCUCCCAAAAAUUGAAGGUGCCGAGUAAAUUCCAGCCUACCAGAGAUGACCGUGGCUGGUUGAUCAAUCCAAUAGGACGCAACCCAUGGUGGACAGUCCUGGCCGCCUCUAUUCCUGCUCUCCUCUGCACCAUCCUCAUUUUCAUGGACCAGCAGAUUACAGCCGUCAUCAUCAAUCGCAAAGAGCACAAGCUGCUGAAAGGCUGUGGGUACCAUCUGGACUUGUUGAUGGUGGGUGUGAUGCUGGCUGUGUGUUCCAUCAUGGGUUUGCCCUGGUUCGUAGCAGCCACUGUCCUUUCCAUCUCUCAUGUAAACAGUCUGAAGCUGGAGUCAGAGAGCUCAGCCCCAGGAGAGCAGCCACGGUUCCUGGGCAUUCGAGAGCAGAGACUCACUGGUCUGGUCAUCUUCCUGCUCAUGGGCUGCUCUGUGUUCAUGACUCAAGCCCUGCAGUUCAUUCCAAUGCCAGUGUUGUACGGUGUUUUCCUCUACAUGGGAGCCUCUUCACUAAAAGGCAUCCAGUUCUUUGACCGUCUGAAACUGUUUGGUAUGCCGGCGAAGCACCAGCCGGACUUCAUCUAUCUGCGACACGUCCCCUUGAGGAAGGUGCACCUAUUCACUCUCACCCAGCUCACCUGUCUGGUUCUGCUCUGGGUCAUCAAGACUUCCCCGGCCGCUAUCGUCUUCCCCAUGAUGGUGCUGGCUCUGGUUUUCAUCCGCAAGCUGCUGGACUUUUGUUUCUCUAAACGAGAGCUGAGCUACCUGGAUGAUUUAAUGCCGGAGUGGAAGAAAAAAAACCUUGACGAUGCCUCCAAGAAGAUGGAAGAGGAAUCAGAGAUUAUGCUCAGCACAAAAAAGGAAGAUGCGACUACAGUUCAGAUCCCCAUGGAGAGCAGCAAACCUGUACAGACUCCGAAAGCACAUGAUCCCAGGUGUGAUCCCUCUGAUAUUAACAUAUCUGAUGAAAUGUCUAAAACCACGGUGUGGAAAUCCCUCAACUCCAAUCAAAAGGACACUCGUCCUGUGGCUGCUAAAAAGGAUUGAAGGGAUUGCGUUCAUUGAUGAGUAAAGGGCGUUCACACUCCUGGCAGACUCAGCUGUAUCACUGGACUGUAGUUCUGGACAACAGGACACUACGAUCUGGCUGCCUCAACCAUCAGCCACUUCAGUGCUUAGAGAAAUAAGUCUCAACAAUUACUACCAGCUACCCAUAACAUAUAAUACUAUCCACAUACACAGAUCAAGGCAAGGGUGCAGUGCACUCACACGUUCUUCUAUCUUUGUGAGGUUUGUAAAUAAAGACCACAUUUCAAAUCUAAUCCGGCCAUGAGCUCUGGAAUUGAAACCAUUGCUAAUGCCGUUCUAACUCUGACCCUGUGACUGGCAACUAACCCUAAGCUCACCCACUUUCUCUAUCAUUGGCUUAUAUUUUAAAGUUCAGUUUCAUUUUUAACCUCACCACCAUCACAUAGACACAACAUCAGCCUCUUAAGGCAUCUAAACCAGGUGAGCAGUGGCCAAAUUUGUGAAUAUUUUAAGAAACUGAAGCCCGUAGUGACAAGUGCUGGCAAACCCACUGCCUUUGGCUCUUGAUCCUAAUGUGAAAUUGAGAGAUGAUAUUAAGGAGGACACAGCAUUCACCUGUGAGAAUCCAAUACUGUCGAACAGCUCAAUUUUAAUUAAUUUGUGGAGAGCAAUGAGAUGACUUCGCUAAAGUAAUCUAGAGAUACAUCCUGGAGGCGCUCCACUGGCAGUAAAUAAUGAACCAGCUGUGAGGAGACACUGACAGCUGCUGGCAGCCGCGAUGAUUUCACUGAGAUACGUUUUCUGUUUCAUUGCCGGAAAACCAUACAUUCACAUAAGACUUAUUUGUGGGUGUACCAUCUCCAACAGCCUUACAACGCCGCCUGUCAGCAGCUCGUGAGGCUUGUCCUUAAAUAGAAAACAGCGUUGUGAGAGUGAAACCCAAAACAAUAAGCUAUAAAGCUCUGUAAAGUUGAGGGGAACUGCAGAUUUGGGUGAUAAUUUAUUGUUGGUCCUUCGCUGCAAUUGACCCUUCUUUCACAUAUGUAGCCAUGCGAUUCAUUCUUAAUAAGAUGUCAAUUAUAGCAGCUUCAAAGCCAUUUGGUCCUCUCAAAGAUAGAAAAGCACACACAAACAUAUAUACCAACAACAGCUACAGCCUCUUCUCCCAUUUUUCACCCUUUCUUCAGAAACAACAUCUAACCUUCACCCUGCCACUGUACACUUAGCUGGGCUAUAAAAUGGAGCGUACAUGCUCCUGUAAAACAAACCAGGUUCUUUUUAUUAAUCUGUGUAGGUUUGUCAAUCAUCAUUCCUUAAACCUACUCUAAAUCUAGAGUCUGUUUUUAUCCAUUGUGCCAUGAGUGGGUUCUUUUAAAAAAAAACAAAAAAACAAAUAGUGGUUGAUUAUUUGGUAGAAUUGACAUUGCAGCUUCACAUACUCUUUUGAGGCGCAAAAUUUUGUGUCAGUUUUGUGUGAUGAUCUCAACUGAAAACUGUAAAUGUUAGAAGACCCACUUCAGUGGCAUCAAUAAUGUGCUUUUUGGUGUGUGUUUUUAUCCCUUUAUGGAUGUUUGUCUAUGAAUUAAUGAUUGUUUAGGAUGAAGGUUGUUCUACAGAAUGUUUGUCACGUAGUUUGUCUUAUUUCUUUACCUCAGACAAGAUUAUGAAUGCUCCUGCAAGGCACUUUGGAUGAUGUUUGGUCAGGGUAAAGCAGAGUAUAGUGUGCGUGCGUCCGUGCGUUUGUGUGUGUGUGUGUGCGUGCGUGCGUGUGUUUGUGUGUGCGUGCGUGCGUGUGCAACAGCACAAGAGAGAGUGCUUGUGUCCCUUUGAAUGUCAAGAAAAGAAUUAAAAAUAGUGAAAUGUUUUUUCAUUUUAAGCAAUAAUUUAUCCACAAUCCAACCAAAAUUAACCAUACCAGUUUCUUUAUUUAUCAGGGUCCUUUUGUAAAAUUACAACCUUGUUAAUCCAUCUUCAGGUGGAAUUUGAAGCCAAAAAACACUUUAAUUACAUGUGGCAGUAAGAAAAUUGCAACAGUUACACACAAUCAAUAGUUACGAUCUCGACAUUGAUCCUUUUCACUUAUCAUGCUCAUUCCUGAGACAUUUCAGUUCAGAUAAAUUAGAUUCUACUGUAAUGUGCUCCGCAGGUGUGGUGGUUUUCAGUUUAUUAUUUUCUUUGAAUUUCUGUAGGAUGAGACUCUCUUUUUGCCGUUUCACACACCAUUGUCACCUCAAAGCUUGGAAAGAGAGCAGAGAGAGAUUAUGCUUUGAAAGAAUGAUCUUCAAUAACACUUUAUUUGUAGAUGCACUUUCUGUAGAUAAAGAGGUUGUGAUAUAUUUUAUUUUCAAAAUCUCUAUUAAACAAUUAAAUUAUUUUACAAAAAAUGAUUACAGUUAUUUAUUUUUAGAUAUAAAAUUAGAACCUAUUCUCUUUGCUUUCUGUAUAUAUGACAUAUAAGCAAGAUCAGCUGAGGGAAAGGCUGAAGAAUGCAGCACAUAACUAACGCUUUGGUGAAUGAAUGACUGUCACGGCUUUUUAUUCCUUGGAGAACCAAGCUGUCUGCUGGGAGAAAUGAGGAGUUUGUGUAAUAAACCGCAGUUGUCACAUCCUUGUAUCUUCGAUGGAGGAUUUACAGAAUCAAAUUAAACUGACUCAUUGAUAUUUACUUGGGCUGUAACACAGAGCUACUCACCAUUUUAUCUUUCAUAUGUUUUGGGAGGAAAUAUUCGCAGUUAAAGAAAAAAGGACGACAAGCAACACAGGUCCUGACCUGGAGUCUAAUCAGGGAUGCUGCAGUUACACAUCAGCAUAUUAAAGUCCGACUCGUGACUCUGACAGUGGCCACCAGAUGCUACUGGUCAUAAAAUCUGUGAAUAAAGUAUUGAAUAUAUUGAAAUAUCUGAUCCAUUUACGGAUUCAUUUAGUCAUAUUCAAAAUGUAUAAAUGGCAACAUCUUGUUAAAUAUCAAUUCACAAACCAUUUUCAAUGAUUUUUCCUCCCCAUCUCCUCUUCCGCUUAAGUGACUUUAAAGCAAAGUGCACAACUGAACUAUCAGUGUAGUAUCACAUGCAGUAAUGACCUCCUCCAUGACCCGUAUGAAAGUUUUGUGUGUUUGCUGUCAUGUAAUUCUGCUUUGAUUCUUUCAGACUUCUGAAUGUGAAUAGUCUAUGUGCAUCUGAGGACCCAUAGAUGAAUUAGUAAACGGCAUGAUUAAAAUAUUAUUCAUUGUGUAAAUACAUAUUAAGAGUCACAUGGGUGGGUGCAAAUAAACAUGAAUGCUGUGUAAAUUAAGGAGGGGAGGUGGGGGGAGGGGGGUGGACUAAACCAAAUUGUAAAAUCACUGUUGAACAUCCAGAGUUAAAGGAUUGUAAAUGUGCUGUAACAAAAGAACUGAAUUAUUAGGAGUUGUUCAAGAUAUUUUAUUGAGCAUUAUGUGUCUUAAGCUUGACUUUCAACUCAUUAAUGUAGCUGUGAAUGUAUGGUGAAUAUACAGUAAAAAGCCUUCAGUGUACUGUAGGCUGACUGCAUAUAAAUGUGACCAGGAGAGAUCAUAAAUUUAGAUGGAUGUGAGUAUAAAUAUAUGUGCAGUACAUGUGUGCCUGUCAUAGAAUACAUUGCGGUUUCCUGUUGUGCUGUCAUUUUUUUUUACCUUUGACUAACAUCCAACGUAAAACAGACCUUUUCAGAGUCGGUAAUGAGGCAUAAGCUGUCGAAAAAAAAAGCACUGUUUCCAGGUCCCAUUUAUUUCUAUUGCCCUUGCCGCUUCAUUUUCUUGUGUAGAUACAAGUGGAAUCUGUGCACUGUGUGAGGCUGUGUCCCUCUAAUGAAUAUAACACAAAACCUGAGUCUGUUUCAAGGACAAGGUGACAGCAGAGGAAAAUAAUGUGAGAGAGGAAGGAGUGGGAGGCUUUCAGGGAGGAGAGCACCUGUACUGCAGUAACCUUAAUCCUAUAGUCUUGGAGCCAUAGAAAAGAGUGAUGCCUUGUCUCUUCAACCACUGAAUGGUUAGUCUUGAGUAAAACAAAUCUACAUGUUUUAUAUGUAUAUGUAAUUUAAUUUUUGAAUAUGGACAAAUGGAAAAAUAAAUAACUACAGUUGAAACGGA